AGAAUUCAGUAGUACAAUUAAUCUUUUACUUUCUUUCAUUUUCUUUGUUGGUUUUGUUUCUGUUCUUUCUUCAUAUUUUUCGACCAAGACAUCUCCUACUCAAAAUUUGUUACAGAUUUACAUUUCUUGACUAUUAUUUUUUCCCUUUGAUUCUUGGUACCGGAUUUAGCAGUGGGUCAGAAGUAGGAAAUAAAAUCAACAACGCACCAUCCUCGAAUUCCUCCAUGUUUUCUUAUACUUUUUGUUAAGCAGACGUUUGAUUGCUUAGAAAACUGAGGAAAAUGCUAAAUAAUGGAAAAACAAAGAAAAACUGUUUAAACAAGAAAUUCCCUUUUAUACCCACUUUUUAUAUAUAGAAGAUAUAUAUAAUAUGUGCAUGCCUGCAAAAUACACGUGCCUCUUAAUUACAAUAUAUAUCAAUUACGCACGAUGCAGCUAUUGUGGAUAGAAGAUGUCCUAAAAAAUAAAUAAAUAAUUACACACGAUGCUCAAAAGCCAUUGACUAAUGAUUUUUUUUCUUUGAGCCUUGCAAUAAUUAAUUCCUAGACUCGUCUUAUCCCAAAGUUUUGAUUACCGAUCGAAGUAAAGAUUUUAGAAAUAAUUAAUUUAUUUGGGAAAAAAUACCUGAAAAACCGGAAACGAGAAAUGCUUGUUUGGAAUUAUGUGGUGUAAAAUACUCGAUAUCUCCCUAUCUUUUUUUUGAUAAGUAAAAGUAAAUUUUAUUAAUGAAAGAGGCAUAGCCUGAGUACACUAGAGGCAUACAAAGAUCAUGCCCAGUUACAACUAAGAACUAGAGAGAGAUACAAGCAAAGUAUGGAGAAUAUCUCCCUAUCUUGUUUGUGGAAAGUGGGGUCAUUUAAUAUAUAACAAAUUUCAGUCAUGAUCAGACAUUAAAACAAAAUUCAUGGCUGCCCAGAAAAAUUCAUGCCUAGCUACAAGCUAUAUAUGAGGCAUAUUUAAGAGCAAUAUAAUAUGGUAGGACCCAAUCUUAAUUUCCAUGCCCAUUACACUGAUCUAUAUAUGCAACUGCUCUCUUAAUUAUUUGAUGCCUUUUUCUAUAUAUCAUCGAUCGAUCUAUAUAAGCUUAAGCAUUCCCUCUAUAUAUAUAUAUAUAUAUGCCUAGCUUUUGCCAUUUGUUUCUUUCUUUUGGUUAAUUCUUUAUCACUUUUUAAGUAGAGCUUCCUAACUUUCCUUUUGAAUCUCAUUAAUUAGGUAUAAAUUAAUCAGUUCUGAAAUGGUAUAUUAUAUAUAGUACUGUCUAACGCAUGUGAUCUCAUAUAUUGUCUAUAUGCAUCCUUAACGUUCUGGUCCCAAAUUAUUUUCCUUUGUCGUUAGAAAGAUGCAGAAGCAGAUCAAGGUUCAAUUAUUUUUCAGCGCCAAAUCCGAGGAGGCUAAGGCUGCAAUCUUCCAUCUAUAAGAGUUUCAGUGCAGAAUCCGUCAAUCAAAGCCGGUUUUCUACAAUCAAUUUUCCAGACUGAAAUAUCAUGUCAAGUGACUUAGGGACACCACUAACUAGUCAAAGGACUGGAUCGAGUUCCUUGAAUGCAUGCUACAAUGUAACAAACGCGUUCUUAGGAAUCAGUUUACUAACAGUCCCUUAUGCACUCUCAAGAGGAGGGUGGUUGAGCUUGGUGUUCUUUUUCUUAAUUGCCGCUUUGACUUUUUACACUGGCAUUUUGCUAAAGAGAUGUAUGGAUGCUGAUCCAUCAAUUAGACACUACCUGGACAUUGCUGAACGAGCAUUUGGUAAAAGAGGUAGACUAAUAGUCUCAAUCAUCAUGAGCUCUGAGUUGUUCCUUAUUGGAAUAGGGCUUUUGAUUCUAGAAGUCGACAACUUAGAGAAGUUGUUUCCACAUUUUGCGCUCAAGAUUGGUACACUGAUAAUCAGUGGAAGAUGCUCAUUUGUCAUCAUUACAGCACUAGUUAUCUUGCCCUCUAUGCUCUUAUCUGACUUGAGUAUACUAUCUUAUGUCUCUGCCAUGGGAGUGUUUACUUGCGUUGUCAUAGUUGGCUCCAUUUUCUACGUUGGUGCACUUGGUGGAGUUGGAUUUCAAGCAAAGGGAACGUGGUUAAAUGUGGAUGGCAUUCCUACUGCAGUUAGCUUAUAUAUUGUUUGCUUUGGCGGACAUCCUGCGGUCCCUUCAAUAUACAUUUCCAUGCGAGAAAGAUGUAAUUUCAGCAAGGUUUUAUUGUCUAGUUACAGUCUCACAACGCUAACUUACAUGCUAACAGCUGUUGUGGGGUAUCUCAUGUAUGGAGACAACGUAGAAUCACAAAUAACUCUGAAUCUACCAAGUGGAGAAGUUGGUGCAAAAGUGGCUAUAUAUUCCACUUUGCUGAUUCCAAUUACAAAGUAUGCAUUAGUGAUAACCCCAGUUGCAACUGCCUUUGAACGUGAGCUAUCUACAAAUUACAAGAAUUCGAGACCUUUACGAAUGAUUAUCCGAAUCGUAUUGCUUACAAGCACAGCAAUUGUGGCACAUGUAUUUCCAUAUUUUGAGAACCUCAUGGCCAUCAUUGGUUCUAUAUUUGUUGUGGCAGCUUCAUUUGUACUCCCAUGCUUGUGCUAUUUGAAGAUUGCUGUUUCACUCAAUGGUUGGAGAAGUAAGUUUAUGGGUGUUGUAGCAAUAAUAGUAUUUGGAAGUGUAGCAGGAAUUUUAGGGACCUAUUCAGCCUUUGUUGACCUUUUACAAAAUGUUUAGAUCAUAUUCUGAAGUUUGUAUUUUCUUUUCAUAUGCAUCAAUAUGUCCUGUCAUGCAUGCAUCCUCCUAUUAUUGUAUGAGGAAAACAAGGAUUUGAUGAAUUCUUGAACUAUCACUUUUUUGUAGUAUGUAAUACAAACUAUAAAAUAAAAUGGCAAUUGCAAGUUUUGGUAGAUUAA